AUGGCUGAAGGAGGGAAAGAGACUGGUGAAACUGGAUUAGAUAAAGACUCUUCUUUAUCUGAUGCACAGUUGAAGCAGAUUUUAAAUGCACUUAAGAAAAGUGGUGAUUAUGUUGUUUUAACUAAAGAUGAGUUUGCAUCUUUACAGAAACCAGUAAUUACUAGUACACAAAACCCUACAGGUGGUAGACAGAAACUUUCAGAGGUUAUUAAAGAGUCAAGGACACAGCCAAUUGAUAAUUCUCUGAAUAUUUCACAAUUUCAAGUUCCCAAAUAUGAGACGCUUGAGCUGCCUUAUUUUUCAGGUGAUCAACCACCUUUGAAGGGUGAUGAAUCAUAUGAUGUAUGGAGAUUUGAAACCAAGUGUUUGAUUUCAGAAAAUUUACCCGAAAAUGUUAUUUUACAGGUUAUUCGCAGACCUUUACGUGGUACUGCUAGACGUACACUUAUUUCUGUUGGUGAACAUGCAUCAAGUAAAGAUAUUUUAGAUAAAUUUGACAUUCUUUUUGAAGUUUCAACAAAUGAAUCUGUCAUGCAGACUUUUUAUAAUGCUUCUCAGAAAAUUUCAGAGAAUGUGACUGCAUAUGGAUGCAGACUAGAGGCUUUGAUACAAGUUGCAGUGGAGAGCGGUCAUGUUAGUUCUGUUGCUAGAAAUGAUAUGUUGCGUUCCAAAUUUUGGACAGGUUUACGUGACGAGAAACUGAAAAUUCUGACCAGGAAUAAAUAUGAUACUAUUUCUGAUUAUAACAGGUUGUUAAAAGAAGACGUUCAGUUGAACAUGAAUUAG